AUAGAGGAGCUGGCACUCCAGCUUUCUAAUAAGAGGACAUGCAUAUACGUUACUCCUCCCUCUCUUCAGCAGUGGUUUUCAAAAUCAGCAGAAGUUCUUAAAACACAAAUGAACAGCUAAGAAAAUCCUCACAAAUGGCUGCACCUUCAGCUGAUCUACUGACCACUCUUCCAUACAAGAAAGCUUCUUGGGGUAACCAAACUUAUCAACCCACGAAUGCAUCAGAAAUUCAAGAUAAUGCAAGCUGUGACUUAGAAGACAAUGCAUUGUCACUUGCUAUCACAAUUUUUUACUUUCUUAUUUUUUUCUUUGGAUUGAUUGGAAAUAUUAUAGCCCUGUUUGCAUUCCUGUGCAUUCACCAGAAAAGGAAUUCCAUCCAAGUUUACUUGCUAAACGUAGCCAUCGCAGACCUUUUGCUGAUCUUCUGUCUUCCCUUCCGAAUACUGUACCACAUUUCCAACAACAAAUGGAUGUUUGGAUGGAUUUUAUGCAAAAUUGUAGGAACUCUAUUUUACAUGAAUAUGUACAUUAGCAUAGUACUGUUGGGACUAAUUAGCCUAGAUCGUCGUAAAAUAAAUAAAUCUGUGAAACGACCCAAGAUGUUAACUACUACCCGAAGUAUACAUAUUUGUUGCAUUGUGUGGGCAGUUGCACUAACAGGAUUUUCAUUAGUAGUUGUACCACCUCUCUUCAGGAGUGAGGUCAGCAAUUCUACCUCGUGCUUUCAUUAUCGGCAUAAAAAGAACGCAAUGACAGAAGCAAUUUUAAAUUAUAUUACUGUCAUCAUUUUUUGGACAGUUUUUCUCCUUUUGAUACUUUCCUAUGUUAAAAUUGCCAAGAAUCUACUGAAAAUUUCAAGGAAAAGAGCUAAUUUUCCCAAUGCAGUAAAAUACAACCAGACAGCAAGGAAUUCCUUCAUUGUACUCAUUAUUUUCACCGUAUGUUUUGUUCCAUACCACAUGUUUCGAUUUGUCUACAUUACAUCACAGUUACAAAAUCCAUCUUGUUACUGGAAGGGAAUAAUUCACACAUGCAAUGAGGUUAUGCUCAUAUUUUCAUCCUUUAACAGCUGCUUAGACCCAGUUAUGUAUUUCCUAAUGUCCAGUAGCGUCCGUAAGACUGUCUUACAACUUAUUUGUAGAAGAAUUCAUAGAGAUUCAAGUGUGACUCUGGAAAGUACUUCAGAAAUAAAAUUUGGACAAUAUAUGCAAGAGAGAUUUUCUACUACCACUCCGCAUUCAAGUUCUGUAAAGAAGAAGUUUGACUUAAUCAAGUAAACAGAUAACAGCUUCUCUCAGUGUCACUUUAGGACAUCAGCUUAAGAUGCACCGAAUACAAUACUGAAUGGAUAUUAAUCUCGUUUUGUUCUUCCCAUUACAAAAUGAGAAGUCUUACUUCUGUUUGUGAAAAUGAGAAGCAACUUUUCAGAAGUACUUCACUUUUGUUUAUCCAAGAAAACAAAACAGGAAACUUCCUUCAAGUUAUCUCAGGCACCUUCUGUGGGACUAACCUAGAACACUAAGUCUUUGGGGAGAUGUCCACAAAGUGGUUUGAGCCUAUGUAAGGAGUCUUGUAUACAGAUGUUAGUAUGAGCAAUUUGUAAACAGAUGCAUUUUGCAGAAGUAAUGUGUCCUAUUCAAAAGAGCUACAUGAAUCAUUAAAGACUUUAUGUACUGUCUGCUUUAAGAGGCUUCCAAGAGAUCAGCAUUGAACUGUAUUUACAGAACUAUUUUUUGCAAGGAAAUACUUGGGAAUUUAGCAACAUAUCUGGCUCAAAAAUGAGGUGUAGAACACAGCUGCCAUUGAUUCAGUUAUAAUUACUGAAGAUUUGCUUCAUUAAAUAUAAAAACCAAAA